GGCAAAAGCGGGGCACAAAACAAAAGCAUGUGGACAUAAUUUUUAAGAAAAGGUGAUUUUAGAGAACAGAGAUGGGGCUCAAAUCAGCUCAAAAGAAGCUUUUUCCUCUCCGAGGCAUUGAUGGAGUGGUGCAGCUCUUUGAACAUGAGCUUGGAAACCCAGAACCAGAUUUGACCUUGCUUUCUCUAGUGCUUGGCUUUGUAGAACACUUCUUGGCUGUCAACCGUGUUGUGCCUGUCAAUGUACCAGGAGUGCGCUUCGAGCCCUUGAAAGGUGACUGCCUCAACUCCUGCUUUCCUACUGUAGAGCUCAACCUAAUCUCGGCCCUGCACGAACGCUUUACAGCACAGAUCCGUGGCGCUGUCGAUCUGUCGCAGUACCGCAGACCAGCCUCAGGCUCGAGCAGAGAGCUGGUGAAGAAGGUCUCUGAUGUCAUUUGGAACAGCCUGAGUCGGUCAUACUUCAAAGACAGAGCCCACAUUCAGUCUCUCUUCAGUCUUAUUACAGGCACAAAGCUGGACAGCUCUGGUGUGGCAUUUGCAGUGGUGGCCGCAUGCCAGGUUCUGGGCCUGAAGGAUGUUCACCUGGCCCUCUCUGAGGACCACGCCUGGGUAAUCUUUGGCAAAGAGGGCGAGGAAACAGCUGAGGUCACUUGGCAUGGCAAGGGCAACGAGGACAGAAGAGGCCAGACGGUCUCUGCAGGAGUCAGUGAGAGAAGCUGGCUUUAUCUGAAAGGUUCCUACCUGAAGUGUAAUCGUAAUAUGGAGGUAGCGUUCAUGAUUUGCGCCAUCAAUCCAUCUUUAGAUCUCCACACAGACAGCUCUGAACUCCUGCAGCUUCAACAGAGGCUUUUAUGGUUGCUGUAUGACCGAGGAGAUUUAGAAAGGUAUCCAAUGGCAAUGGGUACGCUUGCUGAUCUUGAAGAUCAAGAACCCCUUGGCAAAGGAGCACCUUUUUCAAUUCACCUUAAGGCUGUGGAGUCCGCUAAGAAGUACUACAAUAAUGAGCACAUCUACCCAUUCAUGUAUCUGGCUGGAUACCAUUACAGACACAGGAAUGUACGGGAGGCUUUGGGGGCCUGGGCCGAGGCUGCUACUGUCGUGCAAGAUUACAACUACUGCCGUGAGGAUGAAGAGAUCUACAAGGAGUUUUUUGAUAUAGCGAAUGACGUCAUCCCCACCCUCCUCAAAGAGACUGCUGCUGCUGCAGAGAGUGGAGGAGAGGGCACUGAGGGGGCAGAAAAGGAUCAGCCAAGACAGGCUGCAGCUAUCUCUGCCCUGCAGGACUCGGAAUGCUUUGCACACUUGUUGCGUUUUUAUGAUGGAAUUUGCAAAUGGGAGGAGGGAAGUCCCACACCAGUGCUACACGUUGGCUGGGCCACCUUUCUGGUUCAGUCCCUCAGUCGAUUUGAUGCUCAGGUACGACAGAAAGUCAGUAUUAUUACAAAAGAUUUAGAACCACAAGACGAAGACGACCAAGCCAGCGACGAUCCGCGCGAGGCCCGCAGAAGAGGUCCAAGGCGCGAGUCCAAAUUGGAGGACCAACCUGGCCCCUCUUCACCGACUACAGCAGCAGCAGCUCCUCCCUCCCAGCCCGGCGUGGCCAAGAAAGUGGGCGGAGAAGGAGGCCGCCGUCGCUCCUCAACCGGAGCUCGAGGAAAAGAGAUCGACGACAAGAACGAAGCCUCUUCUCCCGGUAGUCCUACUUCUCCCUCCCCUAGCCAGGCAGCAGUAGCGUCCAGCGGUCCUGUAGUGACCUUUCACAGCGAGAAGAUGAAAGGAAUGAAGGAGCUCCUGUCUGCUGCCAAAAUCAACUCCAGCGCCAUCAAACUGCAACUCACAGCACAGUCACAGGUUCAAAUGAAGAGGCAGAAACCCACACAGGCAGGCGACUACAGUCUGUCGUUUAUGAAGCGACCUCGGAAAUCUCUCUAAGUGAUUCUUAGCUAAAUCAUUUUUUUCCCAGCGCAGAUACACUGAGUAAACAUUAUUAGGACAUAACAAUUCACUACCCAUUGAUGGCUCCCUGAAUGGCGUACCACAACCCCAAAUCAGAAAAAGCUGGGACGGUAUGGAAAAUGCAAGUGGAAAAAAAAGUGUUUCUUAUAUUUACUUUGACUUUUAUUUCAUUGCAGACAGUAUGAUAUUUAAUUUUUUGUUAGUCAACCUUAUUUUAUUUGUUAAUAUGCAUCCAUUCCUGCAUUUCAGGCCUGCAACACAUUUCAAAAAAGCAUUUACCACUUUGUAAUGUUGCCAUUCCUUCUCACAACACUUAAAAGAUGUUUUGGCACAGAGGAUACUGCGUGAUGAAGUGUUUCGGGUGUUAUUUUGCCCCAUUCUUCCUGCAAACAUGUUUUAAGGUGUGCAAUUACGGGGCUGUCAUUGUCUCCACACAUUGUAUAUUGGGGAUAUCAGACUGGCUACUGCCUCGGUUCUUGAUGCAUUGUUGUGUGAGGGAUUACAGAUCACUGGUAUUCGGCUUAGGUUUAUGCCCUUGCCCUUUACGGACUAAAAUUCCUCCAGAUUUCUUGAAUUGUUUAGUGAUGAUAUGCACUGUGGAGGGAGAAAUAUGCAAAUCCCUUCCAAUGUUUCUUUGAGGAAUGUUAGUUUUAAACAUUUCAAUAAUUUUCCCAUGCACUUGUCUACAAACUGCAGAUCCUCUGACCAGCUCUGCUCAAUCACAAUCACCUGUUUGAAAUCACAGCAUUAUUUAGGUGUUUUUUACCUCUUUACUAGCCCUAAAUUGGCCUGUCCUUGCUUUUUUGGAAUGUGUUGCAGGCCUGAAAUUCAGGAAUUAAAUGAAGUUGACCAGACAAAACAUGAACGAUCUUGGGUUCAUACUGUUUGCAAUAAAAUAAACGUUAGAGUAAAUGUUAAAAACAUAGAAUUUUUUAUAUGCGUUUUCCAUACCGUCCCAAAACAAUUUAGUCUUUUACUUUUAAAACAUUAUUCACUAAAAGCGGUCUAGGGAUGGUUAUGAAUACUUGAAACAUUAACACUUUUAUGAUUUAUUACAAAGUUGAAAAAAAAAUAUUUGAUCAGCACAGUGGUAUGGCAGGUAACCUUGAUACCACACAGCUCCAGGGGACCUGGGUCCAUACCUCGCUCUAGGGGACCGCUUGGGAGGAGUUUGGCAUUUUCUUCUUUUGUACACCCUGGGUUUCGUAUGAUACCUUUGAACUCCCAAACAUUUUUUUGGAUUCAACCUUCACGAACACUUCAGAAGCCACUGGCCUAUUCUUUACACCAGCCAGCAGAUGAUUCUUUCAGACAGUCCUAACACUUACAAAGGAUAACAGCCAGUUCUGUUGAGUUACAUGUUAUUACAAGGAAAACUAAAUUGUCCUGUGACUACUUUUGAACAGAAAUGAAGAAUUUGCUUGAAGAGUAAGAGAUUAAAUGUUAACAUUUUUGUUGACAUAGUUAUUUUACAGCAAUUAUAUAAUAUAAAACCACAUUUUACCAAAGUUAGUGGUUUAAGUAAGUGAUGUAAACCUUGUUUUAUGAAUUGCCUAUGUUUAUAAAGUUUCUUUAAUUUAGGCUUUUCUACAUAUACCUUUUGGCAACUAGCCAAAUUUGAUCAAGCUAGUACACUAGUACGUAAUGAUGCUUGUACCUCAUUUGUUCUUGCUGUUAUAGUCUAAAAUGUGUUCAUUUUACUGCUGACUUUUUGUGUGUAAUGUCAACACAGGCGCUUUUAAAGUCCAGUAGGCUUACAAAAUACUCUUUAAUCCUGCUGAUAAAAUAUUUUUCUAAUAAAGACAUUUAAAAAAAGUUUAAGUAAGUAUCAAUACUCUCAUUAAGCACUGACAAUACAUUUAUUUCUAAUGACCAUAGCCCAUUUGCUGCUCUGCUGCCACCCAACCCCAUAACUUAUUUAUCAGUCCAGAGGGACCCUCACUUGACCAAAUGUAGUUUGGGUGGUGGAGGACUCCCAGCAAUGCAAUAAAACUCACAUUGUA